AUGGCUGGUUCUGCGGACGAAUCAUCAUCACCAUCAGGCGACACAGAAGGUUGCAGUAGUUGUUGGAAUUGGAGGAGGGCAUUAUCAGCCGAAGUAAAGCUGUUCCGAGGAUUUGCGUUUGCUUUUACCCUCGUCUUCACGUUACUCCUCUUCUUGUCCUUCUAUCUCUUCUAUCUUCGCCUCCGCCGUCUUCGCCGCCGUUCACCGCAUUGGUCGGAACCCUCAUCUGUCAACAAUGCGGUAUCCACGGAGCAAGCUGAUUUGGGGCUGAAGAAAGAACUGAGGGAGAUGUUGCCUAUUAUUGUGUUCAAGGAGAGCUUUUCUGUAACUGAUACCCUAUGUUCUGUAUGCCUUGGGGACUACCAAGCAGAUGAUAGGCUGCAACAGAUACCAGUUUGCAAGCAUGUAUUUCAUGUGGAAUGCAUUGAUCACUGGCUUUCAACUCACACCACAUGUCCUCUCUGUCGUCUCUCUCUUCUUGCUUCUUCUCCAACUGUUCCAGAAACAACUAAUGAUACUUCAUCCACCACUGCAGAAAACAGUAGUGAUGCAGAUGCAUCUCUUCAGAUUGAUAAUUGUGGCCAAUCUUCAGCAGAUGUGGAGCUUAUUACUACACAAUAG